AUGCCUCAUACGAAUGACCUCCAUGUUUUAACACCUUAUAAAGGAAAUUGUUUUAAUCGAUCAUUACUUCUCCCACUACUUGACUCGGAUUUAAAUGGUUGCGGAAUUGUGUUAAGUUCAGAAGGCCUUGGUACACAUAGAAUUGCACCAUCCUCUAUAAUGAGUGGAUUACAAUCAAACACAUUUGAUAAUAUCAUCCUUCUAUGUGAUUCAUAUAAGGUGAGUCACUAUUCUCAAUAUCCUGCUGGAACAGAAGUAAUUUAUUCCUAUUUUGAAACACGUGGUGGAAAAUUUCCAAAUUCUGUAUUUUUUGGAUUACAGUAUAUUUUGAAAAAAAAUUUAGUUGGUCAAGUUGUAACACAUGAAAAAAUUGAUGAAGCUAAAUCAAUUCUCUACAAUCAUUUUGGUAGAGAUAUUUUUAAUGAAGAAGGAUGGAGAUAUAUAGCUAAUCAUCAUAAUGGUUAUUUACCAAUUAUUAUUAAAGCAGUACCUGAAGGUACAUUAGUACCAACUAAAAAUGUAUUAAUGACUGUGGAAAAUACCGAUCCAAAAUGUUAUUGGCUUACUACUUAUCUUGAGACUAUCCUAGUACAAGUUUGGUAUCCAAUGGCUGUAGCGACUAAUUCACGAGCAAUGAAACAAAUUAUUGUUAAAUAUCUACACGAAACUGCAGAUGAUAUUUCCACUGAAUUUAAAUUACACGAUUUUGGAUUUCGAGGCGUCUCUUCAAUUGAGUCUGCUGCAAUUGGUGGCACUGCACAUUUAGUGAAUUUCAGAGGAACUGACAGUUUGGUUGCCUUGUUAUUUGCCAGAAAGUAUUACAAUUGUCCAACAGCAGGAUUUAGUAUACCGGCUACGGAACACAGUGCAAUGACUGUAUGGGGUGAAGAGAAUGAAACUAGUGCUUAUUCGAAUUUAUUCAAUUUAUAUCCUGAUGGUACAUUUGCUUGUGUAUCAGAUAGUUAUGAUAUAUGGAAUGCAUGCAGCAAUAUAUGGGGUGAAGCAUUACGUGAUAAAGUUAUGAAUCGUCAUGGUACAGUUGUUAUUCGACCAGAUUCUGGUGAUCCAGUUGUAAUUAUGCCCAAAGUAUUAGAUAUAUUAGGCAAUAAAUUUGGUUAUAAGAUAAAUUCUAAAGGUUAUAAAAUUUUACCCGCAUGUAUACGAGUUAUACAAGGUGAUGGUGUUUCAUUGGAGUCAUUAGAUCCUAUCUUGAAUAGUAUUAAAACUGCUGGUUGGAGUGCAGAAAAUGUUAGUUUCGGUAGUGGCGGGGCAUUAUUACAACGUUUAAAUCGUGAUACACAAAAAUGUGCUUUUAAAUCAAGUUUCGCCGUAGUCAAUGGUCAUGAGGAUCUACUAAUUCCAGUAUUUAAAAAUGGUAUCCUAUUAAAAGAUUAUACAUUAGAUGAAAUUCGUGAAGAAAUUGCAAAAUAUCCACUUGACGAUUAAAAUUUCCUCUCUCUCUUCUUUUAAUAAUUAAUAAAUGACAAACAUUGAAUUUCCUAUCUCUGUCUCUCUCUAUAUAUACAUAUAUACAUAAAUAUUUUUUUAUCAACG